GCCCCACCCACCAAAUGACCAAAAACCGCUAGUGCUGUCCACUCGUUCCGCCUCGAGGUCGUUCCGCCUCUUUGUAGCAAGACAAGUCUUUCGUCUUCAAGAAUCAAGACUGCUUCUUAUUUAUUUGAUGCUCUUGUACUUUUUAUGAGAUAUGUCGCAACAAGAGCAUCAAAUUCAGUUUGUUAACCCACCUCAGUUUGAUUGUGACUGCCCUGUUUGCUUUGAGCCAUUUAAGGAGUUGCAGGAGGUUUGUCAAACAACUUGCUGUGGGAGUCACAUUUGUUUUGAUUGUACUACUCGACUUAAGUAUGCAGCAGAUAAAUGCCCAAAUUGUCGCGAAGAAGAUGUUGAUGCCAUUGUUGACAAAUUCUUUUUUCGCCUGUACAAAAAUUUGGAAGUCCGUUGCUAUAACUCACAUGCUGGAUGUGUAUGGACUGGUGAGCUGCGUCAUUUAGAUGAGCAUGCAGAAAGAAAUUGCCAGUCUAGUUCCGUGCAUCGCAGAGCCAUGAUAAGUUGUCCUAAUCGCUGCGCAAGUCCUAAAAUGCAGCGAGAUGCUGUUAAAAAUCAUUUAGAGAGUGAUUGUCCUUUGCGUGCUGUUUUACCAGCUAUUGGAGUCAUACCAAUUGCUGCAAAUGGAGAAAUUAGCAUUGCCCCAUUUUCAUUUACAAUGACAAAUUAUCAGCAGCACUUAAACAGUGGUGAGCCUUGGUACAGUCCUUCAUUUUACACACAUGAGGAAGGUUACAGGUUGAUUGUAAGAGUUGAUGCAAAUUUGCACAUGAAAAGCCACCAUUUGUCCGUGCAUGUAUGCGUAUUAAAAGGAGAUUAUGAUGAUCAAUUGCAGUGGCCUCUUCAGGCUAAAGUUGAGAUAAGCUUGCACAAUUGGAGAGAAAACGAUACCAGCAUCACAAAGUCUAUAUAUUUGCCUGGUGACGAGUAUUGUAAGCAAGUGCAUGUAGAUCAAAUUGCAUUAUGGGGAAAGGGCAUUACAGAUUUUGCAUCAAAUGAAGAGUUGCAGUAUCAACCUUCCAAAAAUACACAAUACAUUUGCUAUGAGUGCUUGAGCUUUAGAGUGGAAAGAAUAAAGAUAUUGCCAAAGCCCUCGCCCACACUUAUACUUCCACCUUGGGCUAAGCGUAAUUGUGUUAACCAUUUUGUUCUUAACUCAUUCGAAAGAAGUAAGAACAUAGAAUCCACACAAUUUUUUGGUCCUCCAUUUUACACGCAUGAAAAUGGAUAUAAACUAGCUGUAGUUGUCUAUCCUAACGGAUUUGGUGCAGGCACUGGCACCCAUGUUUCUGUUUUUGCAACAUUAAUGAAAACAGAUCAAGAUAGUUUUUUGAUUUGGCCCUUUAAUGGAGAAAUAAAAAUUGACUUAAUAAAUUGGAGAGGGGAUCAUAGUCAUAAAUCUUGCACGAUUAUGUUUGAUGGAAAUGCUCCCACGGAAGCAACAAUGAAGCCUCUCUUCGAUUUUUCAAAUUCAUUGCAUGGGUAUGAAAAAUUUAUUACACAGUCUCGACUAGCUUAUAAUCAAAGUACAAAUACAGAGUAUUUGCACAAUGAUUGCUUGAUUUUCAAAGUUGCCUUUGCUGUUGCUUACUCCACUCCUUUCUGGAGAGAGCAAGGACUUGGCUACACAUCAGCACUCGAGUUUACCUUAGAUAAGUUCACUAUUAAGAAUCUACAUCAAAACCCUUACUAUAGUGAACCAUUUUUUUCAAACGGCUACAAGAUGCAGAUUUGUGUCAAGGGAAAUGUCAAAGGCUAUUUUAGUGUAUACGUCCAUUUAAUGAAAGGCCCAAAUGAUGACUAUCUCAUGUGGCCAUUUUGUGGUGACGUUUUAAUGGAAUUAGUUAACUGGAUUGAUGAGACCAGCCAUUUUACAAAAUUAAUACAGGUAUCUCCUAAAGUCAACGGCAAUGCAUGUGACAGAGUUAUAGUAGGUGAAAAAAAUAAGGGUGUGGGUCAUGCUCAAUUUAUCCAUUACUCAUUGCUCACUGGAAAUUUUUUCUAUGAUGAAACUCUUUAUUUUAGAGUAAAAGAAGUCACUAUUCAUUCAAAUGAGCUUAGUUUAAUGCGUCCUAGAUGGCAAAAACCUGAUGACGAAUCUCCUUUUUGCGAGUUUACAAUCGUUAACGUUUCAAAACUGAUGGAGCGAAGCACAUACUUGUACAGUCCUGACUUUUACACCCACUUUGAAGGAUACAAAAUGUGCAUUGAAAUUCAGUUCUCAUCCAGUGAGCAAAAGAUUGGACUUUAUGCUAGACUUCAAAAAGGGGAAAAUGAUGAAAAUCUUAUCUGGCCUCUUGAAGCUAGUAUUGUAGUGCAGCUAGUUAAUUGGCAAGAAGAUGCUCAUCAUCAUACAUUCACCAUUCAUUUUGAUGAGGAUUCUAUAAUUGAGUCAAAGUCUCAAGUUACUACAGGAGAUAGUGCUCCUUCUGGUUGUGAAGCGGAAUCUUUUAUAUCGUACUAUUCUCUUAAGUACAAUGGAAAUGCAGAUACACAGUAUCUACAUGAUGAUUGCCUAAGAUUUAAAGUAAAAGAAGUUAUCGUUUAUUCAACUCCUUCAAUUUUGAAGGCACCACUUUGGCAACGCAUGCUAUCAAAUUAUUUUGAAAUUACGUUAACUCGUUUUAUGGAUCAAGUUCGACUAGGUAGUCCAUACUUGAGUCCUUCCUUUUACACAUCUGCUCGAGGAUAUAGAUUGCGUUUUAAUGUGCAUUCUGUUACUCGUGCAAAUGGAGAGAAUAUUCUUAUUUAUAUUAAUUGCUUUCUCAUGAAAGGUCCUUAUGAUGAUGAGCUGCAGUGGCCCAUUACAGCAGAUGUCGUAAUAGAUAUAUUGAAUUGGAACAGUGACAGUAAUCAUUAUCGAGUAGUUCUACAGUUUAAUGAUGACAGUCAUAAUGGUGCUCGUGCAAGAGUUGAGGCUGAAGGAGUGGAACUAUCUCCAUUUUGCAUUCAAUCAAAAGCUAUUCCAAUAAACGAACUGUUUCCUGCGUAUGAAUCUAACACACAGUAUCUUAUAGAGGAUAACAUGCGCAUUCGAAUAUAUGAUACUGCAGUUUACAGCACUCAUUUGGAGAAAUUGGUUCCUGAUUGGAUGAGUGCUGGUUGGUUCAACAAACCUUUGCUGGGGGCAUCAGUUCCUGGUGUCCAUCAACACAUUGCAUACAAGACUAAGCACAUUAGUAAGCCAUUUUAUACUCACCGCAACGGCUAUAAACUGAGGCUAGAAGUCAAUCCCUAUGGUACUGGAAAAGAUGUCACCAUUAAUGCUCGUUUGCUUAAAGGAGAAUUUGACCGAAAAUUGAAGUGGCCAAUGGACAUUGAUAUUACAAUAGAAAUAAUUAACUGGAAGCAAAAUAAUUUUCACAUCUUAAAACUUAUCAGUUUCAAAUAUGCCUUUGAUGAUACACGUAUGCCAGUCAAUGACACUGAAGAAGCUGCAAAGAAUGCUUGGGGGUUGCCUGAUUUUUGUCCACAUCACCAGUUCUUCACCAACACACCUGAUAUACAAUACAUUUAUAAUAAUUGCAUGUUUAUUAAAGUAAGAGGAGUUAUUAUACGAUAAACAUGAUUCUUAAUUUUUGUAUUUUUGGAAUUAGAUUUACUGAAGGAUUAAUAAUAUAA